UUUUCAUUUCACUAUUGCUUUCAAUGAGUCAAUCAUUUCAAUACAAUCAAUAACUAAUCAAUUAUAGUUACAAAUACAAUGGGAGAUCAUGACCCUGAUCCACUGACCAUUCUCAUCUAUGUCUUAGUGGCCAUAACUAUCGCUGUAUUAAUUGUAGUGAUUUGUAUAGUCAUUAAAUUGAAAUGUUUGUCCAAAUGUUGUCAAAAGUCAUCGAAAUAUAAGAUUAAUGGCAUUGAAGGCAAAUACACGGGCAGUAAAAGCAAAGACAAAGACAAUGGCGAUGGCAGUGAUGUCAGGAGAGGAUCGGUGAACAUAUCGCUGGACGGAUCCCAACCCAUGGGUCGUGAGUCCAGUGCCGGCCAUAAGUCACAAAAUACGGGAACCGUUGGCGAGAUUAGUAACGAUUUGAGUGGCGAUAAGCGGCGCAACGGAUCCACUGAUGACCGGGUGUCCGACCAGUGGUCCAAAUGUAGUUCCGAUUAUUACUUGAGGCCAUUGUUUCUCUCGAAGGAAUCGCUUCAACGCAAGAGUUCUCAGGAUUCAGACGCCUCCAGACAUACGUAUACAGUGAGUGAAAAGUUACACAAAUCGUGUGAUAAUCCGCUAAUAUGUCCGAAACCAUUGAAACCUCCAAAACCGCCGCGAAAUUCACUGUUGGCUAAAGACUUACCAAAGGAUACGACCAAAUGGUAUGCAUUGCGACCAAUCGAUGAAAACAUGAAUGACGGAUUCAGUAUAGAUAUGUUGGACACGAAUGACAACAGCUCUCAGUCAUCGCUGGAAACGGUGAUUGAGUCCAAGAACUCAUCC